AUGUCUGAAAUAAAGUUUGACAAGCCAUAUCCCAACCGGCAAAAGCGGUUGUGGGGAAAGCCUGCCCUGCAAAGACUUCUACGCCAUUUUUCUCAGAAAAGCAAAGGUUCCGAUUGUGAGCAUACCGGCAUUAUUGCAGGAGGCAGGAAUCAAAUUCCUGCAAAUUCACACCGUUUACAUCAACAACCGUUUUACAGACUUGGCAAAUGCGAACUAGAAACGGAUACGUAUCCCUCCAACCUACCUCCCAGAAGUCAUGCUCGCGAUGGGAGAAGGACGGCAAACGAAACUUUCAACCCAGCAUUAUCUGCUGUACCAUAUACGCUGCCUUGCCCUUCAAUCUUAUUCAUUGCACAUGUCGUCAAUCACGAUAGUCGGUAUGAAACCAUAUUGCGCAGGAAAAGUAGUACCAGAAAUCCGAUACCCCUAGUAUACCAAACCCAAAUAUCCAUCCCCGAAAACAUUGGCACCGAUCAAUCAUGCAGUACGAGCAGUGCUCCAGUUCCUGAAAUUCCAGGGAAACUGUUGUCAGGGCUUCUCAACGGCGACGCUGCCGUCAAAAUCCUUGACAAUUUCAGUGCGUUUCUCAUCAUCAGUCCGACUUGCCAGGGUGACCGUGUGCUGUAUGCGUCUGAAAGCCUAUGGUCUUCUGAAGAUUUCGAGAAAGAAGAACUUUUCUUACACAAGAAGCGGAACCAUGGUCAAAUGACUGAUAUCAUCACGGAGAUCACUGAGGAUGGGAAUGAGAGGUCGCAUCUCAUGCUGUUUGGGGACCUUCCAACCGUUGGAGGGCGUAAGGGACUUGUUCUCGUGCCACUCAUUGACAUAACUAACUUUCUUGACGCUCUCACGGUCAGCGAUCUAGAAAUCGAGCAACUUUUGCCACAGAUAUAUUCAGCCGAUACCCAAGGCGUAGGUUCGAAGACAAAAUCGGGGUCAGAGAUUAUGCAACAUGUCAUAAACCGCGUGGCCAACAGUAUUCUAGCCCUCUACAAGGACUAUUUUACCCUCUCGAAAUCUGCAAAGGAGAUGAGUUUUUACGAAAUUUCUCACGUUUCGCCCAAGGUCUAUGUUGACAGAGAUUUCAUGACUGGACACUUAACGCAUACUCCGGAAGCUGUGAUAAAUCAAAUCAGUAAGCUAAUGGGACAAUCCCAGCGCUUUUCCAUUGAAAUUAAAUGGGGGGAUGUGGGGAGAGCUAAACGCCUUUACUGUAUCCCCAUGUUGGGUGGGAAAUACAGUCACUGGCUUUGCAUGUUAGUCGAUCCUGUCCAUCCUGUUUUCUGGCAGGACAAAUAG